ACCAAACAUGUUGUGAGCACCACACUUAUUCCUCCACAACCAGACUCGUGUCUCGCAAGUUCUCGACCACGCCGAUAACACGUUCCAAUCCACCACGUCCUCGCGCGAGUGCAUGUCCCAGGUGUCAGCCACCAUGACUGGUCACACUGUUGUUCUAGUCCGUCAGUCAAGACCUAGCACUCGCUCUUCACCGCUCCCGGUUCAUCAGCACGAGCCCUGACCUUCACCUCAGGUGUCUCUGUGCUCCACACCUGUACACCAUAAGCCGACCGACAUGGUUGCACAAGCAUAAUUUCACACUCUGGUCAGUACACUGACUACCCCAAAGUGUUAUCCCGUUGACAACUAUUCAUCAUCAAUGAAAACCAUAAUGAAUAAGUCAAUCUUAUUUUCGUAAAUAUAACGGGUUAGUAGUGAAUGAGUGGUAGGGAAUAGGGACAUAUCUAGGUGACUCCUGUUCAUGGCCCCUUCGAAUCGCUACUGUGCGGCCGGCCGGCCGCCCGCCAGGACCAUAACAGCUCCCCUGUUCGGGCUUGUUCGGUUCUACCUCAAUCCAUAUGGAUUGAGGGAGUUUCAAUCCCUAGUAAGUUAAAAUCUAUUCUAAUCUGUAUCAAUCCCCUCUAAUCCAUAUGGAUUGAAAAUAACCGAACAAACCCUUCAUGAGCCUUCACACUCACCAUUGUCCCAAAGUCCCACAUUUCAGGCUUGUUGCGUGGUGGUGCCCAUAGUCUCGUCAUCCAAUCCAGCACAGUAGCUGGCGACUGGAGAGAGAAGACGCGCGCCGCGAAAUCCAAAAUUCCAAAUCCCGGCCAGUUUCUAGCAGCAGUGUUUUCCCUCCCUCCCAAAUUCCCACUCUCUCUCCUCCUCUCUCCCUCCAUUUUUCGAGACAAUCCAAUCACCCAGCGCCAGCGAUCCCAAACAAACCCUAGCCACCAAUCUCCGCUCCGGCCUGCGCCCUCGCCAUGCCCCCGCACGGCCCCGAAGAAGACGCCGCCGACGCGCACCUCUUCGCUGGCGUCCGCUUCGCGCUCCACGGCUUCGACCAGAUCUCCGCGUCCCAGUUUCGGUUGGAGAUAGAGCGGUGCGGCGGCGUCCACGCGGGAGGUUGGGACGCAGACUGCACCCACGUUAUAGUUUCCAACACCUUAUAUGAUGAUCCAGUGUGUGUGGCGGCGAGGAAGGCCGGGAAGAAGGUCGUCGUUGAUCAGUGGGUGGAAGACAGCUUUGAUCUCGGAGAAUUGGCAGAUGCAGAUCGGGUGCUAUAUGCUCCAGUCAGAGAUUUUAAAGGCAUUCCAGGUUGCGAUAAACUUCACAUUUGUUUGACAGGGUACCAGAAGAAUUGGCGCGACGACAUAAUGAAAAUGGUUUCUUUGAUGGGAGCAAACUUCUCCAAGUCUCUGGCAGCAAACAUAAUUACCCAUCUCAUUUGCUACAAAUUUGAAGGUGAGAAAUACGAACUUGCUAAAAGGGUGAAUAUAAAGCUUGUCAAUCACCGGUGGCUGGAAGAAUGCUUAAAGGCUUGGGAAAUCCUUCCGGUCGACCAUUAUACGAAAAGUGGUUGGGAAGUAGAGAUAAUGGGAGCUCAAGCUAAGGACUCUGAAGAUGAAACAGAAUAUGCUGGUACAUGCUCAUUAAGUAGCAGACGUAUUGACAGAAGGACCCCUAUUAGAGAGAUCAGCACAAAAUCUCAUGUUGACUCUGCUCUACAUGCACCCAGUGGAGGUCCUACUGUCUCUGCUAGCAAUGUAGUGGGUGCUACUGGAAAACACUUGAGCACUCCAGAGCAGUUUAUGAAAGCACACGAUGCGAGCACAAAAUCAUCUGACAUUAGAACUGACUCAGGAACUGCCCCUGACACAAAGUGUGCUGCAAUGUCUGUUGAUAAUGAUACUCUUAAACCUACCCGCUCUCACAUUUACCACAAUGAGAAUGAUGAGGUUCCUGCAGAUAAGGCCAGUAGGGAUGAAGCUAAAGAUGAUCACAGAAGGGAACUUGACACCAGGGAUAGUACCCUUCGUACUCCCAGUGUACAUAAAAGCAUUGCACCCACUAUUCCAGGAGACAAUAUAGAGAACACUAACAGGAAUUGUUUCCAUGGUUUCAGUCAGAUCAAUGUCAACAGUGAUCUUCAGUUAAACUCUUCUGAAGAAAAUUUCUCCAAGAAAAUAUUACACUCAACAAACUUGAGCAGAAAGGUAGACCAGAAGGAUGACGGGCAUGUACCUGAUCCCAAACCCAACAUUUCUCAGUCAUCAGUUGAAGAAAACCUAAACAUGUGUGAGUUUAAUCCAAGAUCAGAAGGCAAUUCAGCAUCAAGAAAUGAUCAACCCUUAGGCUAUUCAAGAAGGCGAUCUUCAAAGUCAGGAUCACUUAAUGUUCAUAGGAAGAAAAGCAUUCUUUCUUCAGUCAGUUCAAAGGCACCAAAUGAAGCCCCAGACUCGGGAAGUGGAAUAUCAAGCGCAACUGCUUCUGAUGUGGGUAGAAGCCCCACCGAACCUACCAAAGUUGAUGGUCAUGUAAACAGUGGUCCAACUAUGAAUUCAACAGAGAACCAGAUGUCCGGUUGUAAAAGCAACCUGUUAAGUUAUAGGAGAACAUCUUUGAAGCUUGUAAGCUCUGCUGAAGUAGAAAAGCUUCCUGAAAAUUCUGUUAAUGAUAAGAACAUGGUGGAGCCAGAUGUAGUAAAGACACCAGCACUGCACGAGGCAACAACUGAGGAGCCUUCCCCUUCCGUCUGUUCUGAAGUUAGAAAAGAAAGUUUAGGUGUUCAUCAGAAUAGGGACGCUGAAAUGACUGAUGCUCAGCUGCUAAGCAAAACUGAAGAUGCAGCUCCUUGCUCAAAACCUGAUAAAGUGGUUUCUUGUCAGAACUCGGGACUAGAAGGUUGUAAAGAUGUCCCAGUUAACAAGAUCACUGAUGAACAUGGAAUAUUUCCCUCGAAAAUAUCAACUUCUAGAGUGAAGAAGGUUGGUGCCAAGCGGUCUCGCAAUGCCGGCAGUAAAGCUGCUAGUGAAUUUACAAAUAGUAGAAGUGAGGUUGCAGCUUUGAAGCCUAAGCAUGAUAAAGUUGCUUCUCAUGAAAACGUGGAGGCACAACAGGGAGAAGGAUGUUGUAGUCCAAAUGCUGCUGAAUGUACACCACCAUCUCCUGCAGAAGCCCUGAACAACAAAUCAACGAAUGAAGUUCUAACCAGCUCCCAGGGCCCCAAUCAUAAGACAAACGAAUCACUAGUGGCUUCCAAGGCGGAGUCUGUUAAUAUGACUCUGCAAAGAAACAAGAAGGGGAACCGCAGAAAGCUUCCAAACACUUCAAAUGCAGAUGAAAAUCAAAGAAGUUCAUCUCGGACAGUACCAAAUUCCAAAUCAGGUAAUUUGGUUGCAAAGGGGUCUCGGACUGCUGAUUUCAAUAUAUCUGACUCACCAACUGUCGAUGAAACUGAGACAGUGCCAUCAAAUUCGAGUUUUAAUGAGGCAGUUCCUCCAGGAAAUGGUGAAGAAAAACAUAAAAGGCUUUCAAGCAGUGCAAACGCAGAUGACCCUGAAGCAUGUACAGCAAAUAAAGUACCAAACAAUAGAGUCCGUAAGGUCGUAGCCAAGAGGAAGCUAUCUGAUGUCCAAAGCCACAAAUCUGGUAGUGAGCCUUGCAAGACUGCGAAGGUAUUGGUAUCUGAAGUUAAAGUUGUGUCACCAGCCAGAGUUGCGCAGAGUUCUAGAAAUGCUAACAAGGUAACAGUGGUUCAAGACCUGCAGAACACCAAUACUGGUAGGACGAACGAUACAGUUGGAUCAUUUUGCAAAGAUGUCACGGAAGACUGCUCAAAAGACAUGCAGAGCUCUAAAACUAGAAGCAGCAGGAGACAAAAGAUUGCAGAUCUAGUGGAUGGUUCAACGGACCAUGACAAGGAGAACAUACUAGUCGAUAGUAAUUUUACUUCCAAUACAAAACGUGGAAAUAACAGCAUGAGUUCCAAAUCCAACACAAAGACAUUACAAAGUAGCAAAGCUGUGCUUGAUGAGAGUAGUGUGAUCAAAAGGAAUGGUUAUGGAACCUUGGAUGUGCCAGAACCAACAUGGUUUAUUCUAAGUGGACAUCGCCUGCUGAGAAAAGAGUAUAGGGCUAUACUUAGACGUUUGAGAGGUAGAGUUUGCAGGGAUUCACAUCACUGGUCUUUCCAAGCAACACACCUUGUCACCACUGAGAUGCGCAGAACUGAAAAAUUCUUCGCAGCUGCUGCGGCUGGCAGGUGGAUACUGAAGCCUGAUUACUUGACUGCUAGCAAUGAGGCUGGCAAGUUCUUAGAGGAAGAGCCAUUUGAGUGGCACGGUGAAGGCCUUAAUAUCGGUGAUACGAUCAGCUUGGAUGCUCCAAGGAAGUGGCGCCAGCUGCGGCAGCGUACUGGCUAUGGCGCUUUCUAUGGGAUGCAGGUCAUCAUAUAUGGGGAAUGCAUUGCUCCAACACUGCGGCGACAUGUUUUCAUUACCAUCUGGUUGAGAUGUCCUCUUUCUGUCGUGCCAGGACACGUUAAAACGCGCGAUCAGGUGUGGUGAUGGCACCAUCUUAGCAACCUCCCCACCUUACACCCGGUUCUUUAAGUCCAGUGUUGACUUCGCUGUUGUAUCCGCGGGCAUGCCAAGCGCGGACGCGUGGGUGCAGGAAUUCAUGCGGCAUAGCAUCCCCUGCAUCAGCGCAGAUUACCUGGUGGAGUACGUGUGCAAGCCCGGGCACCCCUUGGGCAAGCACGUCCUCUUCAACAUGCACGAUCUGGCCGAGAGGUCCCUGCAGAAGCUCAUGAAGAACCAAGAAGAUGCUCCCGGGAGCUGUUCCGCUUGUGGGUCAGACAACCGGGAAGUGCCGAUGCUGGUGUGCGGCGGCGACGGGAGGAGCCAGUCUUCCGGCUGUGGGGUCCGGACGCAUGCCGAUUGCUGCAACCCUCCCGUGGAAGGCUGCGAUGGUGGCGAGUGGCUGUGCGGUAGGUGCGACCAGCAGAAAUCUGCAAAGAAGGCUAAGAAGACCGCUGCGAAACCGAGGGUGCUGAAACAGAGAUGAUUCUGGUUUGGCCCGUACAAGCGAUGCAAAAGGUCGUCUCCCAAGGUAACGACGAAUGAUGGCAGCGGGGGUGCUCUUGCUCUCUACAAGUUGAUGACAACUAGCUCGUUGCCUUUGGAAAGCACCCGUGCAUGUGAUCUGAUGAAUGAAAACAAAGUGAUGGGUGUAAACGUAUAAGGACUUUAGACUGGUGCCAAUAAAUAUUACGUAUUUAUGUAAAUGCACGGAUCUGAUGGAAUGCUGUGAUCAACUUGAACAUAUAUGGUGCCCAUCAAUCUGGGCAUUGGGCGCUGUCGAAUGUCCGGUAAAGCGCGCUAUUUCCGGAUC